AGAGAACAAUGCAGCUGGCUAACAGCUUCUCCAGAGGAAAUGAUUCUGGAGCGAGCCGGUGUAAUACAGACCGGUCACUUGUUUUCCUCACCUCGAACUUAUUUUAACAGGUAAACUCAACAUAGAGCUAUAAUGGUAUUUACAUUUUCAGCAGCUCGUCUGAGCAGUGGAGUUACCUUCUGCCAAGCUGGAUAACACACACACUGUAAAAGCAGAGACAGACAGAGGGGAUUCUACAGAGAAGAUGUCUACCAGUACUCUCAGUCAACCCUGCAAGCAGGAGAGGAAGGGCAGUUUCUUCAAGCUGAUCGACUCGUUUGCCUGGGAAAUAGGCAUAUUGAAGAAAGAGAUGGGGGAAAACACUGAGCCUGCAGAAGGAGACCAGAAAACAGAUACACACUUUGGGCUGGUUGAAGAGUUUGGAGGUCUCUUCCUGCAGGCUUCACCUUGUGCUGGGCUAAAAGCAAGGCUACCUGGAACAAGGGAUUCAGGAUAUGAAUCUCUCCAUCGGCAGCUCAGUGUUCUGGACAGAUUGGUGCAUACACAUACAAUGUGGUUACAGUUGGGCCUCAGCUAUGAGGAUGCUACAUGCAUACUGAUGAACCAACCCACUGGGACAUUCAUCGUGAGAAAGUCAGCCAGCCUGCAGAGGAAAGUCAUAUCUCUACGUAUGGACAAAGAGACUGCAGUUUUUGUUAAAGACUUCCCUGUCAAGGAGAGCCAGUACACUUUCUCUUUGGAGGGAUCAGGCCUGAGCUUUGGAGACCUUUUCCAUUUGGUGGCUUUCUGCUGCAUCAGCAGGGAUGUGUUGCCUUUCCCCCUGAAGCUUCCAGAGACCAUUACUUUAGCCAAAACAUCUGCAGAGCUUGAGGAGGUUGCUAAACUUGGAGCAGGGUUCUGGGAUGCUCAGUUGUGCCACAAGAGGAAGAGUUUAGUCUCACUGUCAAGAGCAGCAGCUCCCAAUAGACCACCUCCCCCCCAGAGUCUAGUCUCCUUGGCAACCACUCCAACAUAUAUUCGGCUUCAAACUCGCACCCCAUCCGAGCUUGAAUGUUGCCAACCCAAUGGAGCACUGUGCUUUAUCAACCCCCUCUUCAUAAAGGUCCACCACCCAGACAGAGACCAGACAACUACUGCCAACACAUCUGGCACAGCAACGCAGUGCUUAAGUAAGGAACCAGUUAGUAACAACUUAGAAACCAACAACAAGGACGCUCAGCACUGCUGUAGCAACAGUCCUCAGCUCUGUAGCUCAGAUCACAGUGGUAGUAGCCAGUCAGGUCAAAGUGACGUUCAGAGCCUUGGCAGAAACACAGAGCUACAAGGCAAUAACGCACAGAAGCAUAGUGCUGCACAGAGUGCAUCUUGGUCCCCACCUCCUCGUCCACCUCUGCCACACUUUAUCCCACAGUGCUCAGCUCUUCCUGUUCAACAGCACAGCAUGCCAGAGAAGAUUUCCUGGAUCAAGGAGAAGGUGGAGGACAAAGAGAGGAACAGCAGCCUCUUAUCUCGUCUGGGCUCCUCACUAAGCAUCAGCCCUUUAUCCUCUCCUCCCAAGAGACUCAGCCUUAGCUCCCCUAUAUCCAUCCCCUGGCCCUCCCUGCCUGUUUCUCUAUCAUCUCUCUCAUCCUCUCCUUGUUUGGCCAAGGCUUCACCACCAUCCAGCCAGGAGGAUGCCCAGUGCCACUUGGCACUGGAGGACCACACUAUUGAGGAGGCCCUCCAAAAGGCCCAAAAGUUCCAGCAUAACGCUGCCAGAACUAACUCCAGCAGUCCUCCAGACCAUACUGAGAUGCAAGGAGGAGAGGAAGAAGCAGGUGAGGAAUGCAGUGGAGGCAGCCAGCGGCUGAGUGACAUGAGUCUUUCCACAGAUUCCUCAGACUCUCUGGAUUUCUCCCAGUCCUUGUCUUUCUUUCUUUCUCCUCUGUCUGACCUAAACCCCCCUACUCAGGCUGACUUUAACACCCAUCUCCCCCUGUCUAUCCCACCAUCUGACCCACUUGAUUGUAGCAUGGAUCAAGAUGAUGAUGAUGAGGAGGAGGAGGAGGAGGACGAAAACGAAGAGGAGUCCAACUAUUGUGUCAGCCUUGAGAGUGACCAGAACCUGACCAUGGUGCCACCAGGACAUCGCACAAAGCGUUGCCCCAGUGCCAGUGCCUUGGCCCUUCAGAGGGCCCUGCAAGGGCCCCUGCACAAGAUGAGUGGAGUUUUCAACUCACUGUUGACACCGGAGAAGAGGAUGAUCCGCCGGGUGGUGGAACUGUCCAAAGAUAAAGACUCAUACUUUGGCUCCCUGGUGCAAGACUACCUGAGCUACAUGGGUGAGGGUGCGGGCACCCAGGCUUGGCAGAGCUUUGCCUCCAGAGUGGAACUGCUGCAGACUCUCCGCCAGUUCAUCACUCAGAUGAAGAGUUACCUGAGACAGAGUUCUGAGAUGGACCCACCAAUUGAGAGCCUUAUCCCUGAAGACCAAAUUGACAGGGUCCUGGAGAAGGCCAUGCACAAGUGUGUCCUGAAGCCUCUCAAACCGGUUGUGAGUGUCGCCCUGCAGGAAUUCCAGGUGCGUAGUACGGCCUGGCAGGAGCUGAAGGAGAACCUGUCACUGGCCAAGGCCCAGCUGCCUCAGGAAAUGGGCGUGGCCAGCAUGCUGCCUCCAGACCCUGUAGCCAUAGAGAAGAUCAAGCACAAGUUCCAUACCAUGUGUAAACUGUACUCCCCGGAGAAGAAGGUCACCAUGCUGCUGAGAGUAUGCAAACUCAUCUACACCAUCAUGGAGGAGAAUUCAGGUCGUCUGUGUGGUGCUGAUGAUUUCCUGCCCAUGUUGACCUAUGUGUUGGCCCAGUGUGACAUGCCCCAGCUAGACAAUGAGAUACUUUACAUGAUGGAACUGCUGGACCCUUCGCUGCUUCAUGGAGAAGGUGGCUACUAUCUGACCAGUGCCUAUGGAGCAAUGUCCCUGAUCAGAAACUUCCAGGAAGAUCAGGCAGCCAGAGUGCUGAGCUCUGAAACCAGAGAUACACUCCACCAGUGGCACCGCCGCCGCACAGCCCAGCGCUCCGCCCCAUCUAUUGAUGACUUUCAGGUAAAAACACACAUUUGUUCUACAGACCUAUCCUUAAAUUGACUUUUUCCAGAGCAAUAAUGUUUACAUAGGUAUAGUGUUAAUUUUUAUGUUUACAAAAUACAGCUGGGUAGCAUAGUGGUGCAGUGGCUAGCACUGUCUCCUCACAGUGGGUUCAAGACCCGGCCGAUCCGGAGCCUUUCUGU